AUGGAGGGAAAUGUUCCCAUGGGGGAGGAUUUCAAUUUUGAUGGCAUACUAGAUCCACCACCGAGAAUCUUCGAGAGACUUUCGCAAAUUGCUGGUUAUACAUGGGAUGAAUCAAAAGAACCUUUUCAUUCUAGCUAUGAUAACUGGCAGGUCUACGGAACGAAGCAUACUUCUACCCCAAAAUGGCACAACAAUACAACAUCGCGCUUCGAACAAAACUUAUCCCAACCUGGAACUAGGGGUACAAGUAGAACAAGAAACACGGAUAGUGAACAUGGAGGAAGCGAUUCCGGUAUUCUUCAUGACGAUGCUUCCGAUCAAGGGAGUUUCAAGAGCACACAUACCAGUUCCGGUGGCAUACCAGUCAUCGCGCGCAUUUCGUCUCACGCCUUGAGAGAAGAAAAGGCCUUUCAUAUAUGUCAAAGUGCAAUAAGGUCUGCGGAUCCAGAUGGUAGUCAUAUCAUAAGGCCAGUGGAUCUGGUGAGACUACCGAGUCAGAACGGUGACAAGGGUCCAACUGUCGUCUGCAUUUUUGAGCAUCCGGGGUACAACUAUCUGCAAAAAAUAAUGGAUUAUGGUCCCGCUUGGUACAAGGGAAGGAAGGUCGGGGAUAGGCAUGAGGCGUUUCGGGAUGAUUCGUUCGCGCCGGGUGAUGUGGUACCAUUGCAGACUUUUCUGGACUUUGCGGUGGGAGCCACGGAGUGCUUGGAGAUUCUUCAUCAUGGUCAGAGGCUUGUGCAUGGAGAGAUUAGGGGGGAUGCUUUUCAUAUGAAUGCGGAAACAGGCCGAGUCAAGUUGAUGAACUUUGGUUCAGGCCUUCGAACUUUCGAACAUGGCCUCACAAGUACGGGAUGGUCUACGUUAACGAAAGAGUUGGGCGCGAAGACUAAGCUUACAUAUAUGUCACCAGAACAGACUGGCCGCAUGCCUGCAGAACCUGAUAGUCGCACGGAUAUUUAUUCUCUCGGAAUACUAUUUUGGACUAUGCUCACCCAACAGCCCGCUUUCGAAGGGGAAACUCCGAUGGAUAUUAUACAAGGUGUUUUAGGGCGGCGUCUCCCACUGGUCUCGAGUAUCAGACUAGAUGUUCCAGAUGUCAUUGGCAAAAUCAUACAGAAAAUGACAGCGAAAAAUAUUAGUGAACGAUAUCACAGCGUCAGUGGAUUAAGACAUGACCUUAUAGAAGUACGGAGACUUCUGGGGGCGGGAGACUCGAAUGCUUUGAAGAAUUGGCGUAUUGCCACGAAGGAUGUUUCUUCUUUUUUCAUACUUCCCGCCAUCAUGAUUGGAAGAUCGGACGAGCAUGAUGAAGUAGUCAAGAUUAUCGACAAAGUCUCUCGACAUCAUAUCACGUCACAAAGACAGGACCCAAGCAGCUUAUCCUCUGGCUCCAGCUUAUCCUCUGGACGCCUCGAGACCUUUGAAGCGGUCUUGGCUGGUGGAGACUUCUCCAGCGAAGACAACACAAGCUCUGUCGAGGGAAUGACAAGUUCAUUUAGUACCAAUAUGUUGUUUCCCGCAGAUUACCGAACGCAAAGAAAUAGCUCUAGUCAAUUUCGAUCCACCGCAAAUUCUCAACAUAACUCCUCAGAUGAACCAACUCGUUCAAAUGUAUAUUUGAAGCCUUGGGAGAAAAGCAACUCAUUACCAGCUUUAGAAUUCAACAGCCCUUCAGACAGUAUCCUUGACGAAAAUCGGUCUAAGCCGACCUCUGAUGGAGUAGGGAGCCUGACCAGUAUCCGGAACACCAACAAAUUUCGACGAAGAGGUAGAUGCGAGGUUAUAAGCAUAGCAGGAGCAGCCGGGUUGGGAAAGAGUUGUCUUGUGCAGUCAGUCCAUGUCGAAGCAAGGCGGCGAGGAUAUUUUGCAAGCUCGAAAUUCGAUUCCGCAAAGAAAACUCCAUUUGGGCCAGUGCUUAAAUUAUUAUCAAGUCUUUUUAAGCAGGUAUUCUCGGAGAGUAAUACUGAUACUCCGUUUCAUUCGGUUCUGAAACAAUACGUCAGGCCUGCGUGGCCACUACUCCACAAAGUGCUAGGACUACCUGAAUUUCUACUCGGCCCCAUGUCUGCAGCCAACUCCUCUUCUGGCCAAUUAUCUCAGGGAUACAACAAGAGUGUCAGAGCAGAAUUUAAACGCCGCGACUCUUCUCCUUCGAGCCAAGGUAGUCUUUAUAAUCUCACACUUGGCUGCCAGAGUUCCCAAGACUUCCUUCGAGCAGGCUCAUCAACUAAAUCUGUGCGAUUGAUGAACACAUUCCUGGAUGUCCUUCGAGUUUUCGCGCAACACAAGUUUAUAUGCUUUUCCCUAGAUGAUCUCCAGUUCGCGGACGACGAAUCGUUAGAUUUGAUAACCCAAAUUAUAUCAGCUCGAAUGAAAAUGGUCAUCAUUGUAACCUAUCGUCCCGAAGGACUUCUGACUGAAAGAAUCAAAGGAAUCCUGGAACCUCCGGGCGCUGAGGGUAUCAGACACGUUAAGCAUAAUGGUGUUGGAAUCACUCGAAUUGUACUCAAGCCGUUAACUGAAGACGACAUUCUGGAAUACAUCUCCGCCACUCUUUGUCGGCCCAAGGGCGAUAUUAUUCCCUUGUCCGCAGUUAUACAAUCAAAGACGGCUGGUAACCCCUUUUAUAUUCGCGAGAUGUUGGAUAGUUGCCACAGGAAACAUUGUAUAUGGUACGACUACAAGGAGAAUGUUUGGAAAUACGAUCUCGACAGGAUAUUUCAGAACUUCGAAACCAAAAGUUACAAUGAUGUACUGAACGCCGAAUUUGUCACGAGCCGUUUGAACGAAUUGCCGCCAGCUUCGAGGUCAAUACUUGCCUGGGCUUCCCUUAUUGGAACGACAUUUUCAUUUGAACUAGUCCAAAGACUCAUGAGUGGCGAGUUUGAUUCCGAGGAUCAUAUGAUCGGAUGUGGUCCGGAUCGGUACUAUCGUUUAUCACAUACUCAACAAGACGCCAUAGGAGGACUUCAAGCUGCUAUUCAAGCUUAUGUCAUUGUCGCAACACAGGACGAUGAUCGAUUUCGUUUUGCACAUGAUCGCUACAUCCAAGCUGCGUCGUCAUUAAGGGAGUGCAAUGGCCCCAAAAUGCAUUUCAUCAUUGCACAGACGCUUAUGAAAUACUAUAGUGCUGAUGAGCGAUCUCGAGAUGUGACAGCAUCACAUAUCUGUGAAUGUGUUGACGUCAUUGUUGAGCGAGUAGCACACAGACAAUCAUUCAGAAAGUUACUCUUCGAUUGCGCGACAGCCGCUGCUGAAAGUGGGGCUAGACCGACUGCUGCUAGAUUUUAUGCCGUAUGCUUUCGGUUAUUGCAGGAGAACCCAUGGAAUGACAGCGCACCCGACUGCUACUAUGACGAGACACUCCAACUCUAUACUCGAGCUGCAGAAUGUUACCUCUAUAUGGGACAUUAUCAGGAAACUAAAAGAAUAGUGGCGAUCGUCUUCGAAAACGCCAAAACUCCGGUCGAUAAAUCUCCUGCCUGGGUACUUCAAAGUCGAACCUUUUCACAAGAGGGAGAUUUGAGAAGUGCUUUUGAGGCAUUAAAACAAUGCUUGGCAGCGUUGGAUAUUCAAGUUGAUGAAACGCCUAGUUUUGAGAAGUGUGACUUGGAGUUUAAAAGUCUUUCCUCGAAACUUCAAUCAAUUGACGCAAAACUUGUGAUUGAGAAGCCAAUGAUGAAAGACUCAAAUCUCGCUGCCGUCGGCGCAGUACUAGUCGAGACCAUCAGUGCUGCUUUUUGGUCAGAUACUUUGACUUUUUAUCAAAUGACAAUUGUCAUGGUUCAGACUCAUCUAAGGCGGGGCAGUUUUCCUCAAGCCGGAAUAGCUUUUCUUCACAUGGCCACUAUAGCAAUUACGAGAUUCAACAUGAUGAAAUUUGCGAGUGAGAUGGGCAAUGUCUCACUAGCUUUGAUGAAUCGAUGGCGAGAUAUUUAUACCCUAGGCCGAGGCGGUACCAUUUAUUCGCUUUUCGUUGGGCAUAUCCACUGGCCGCUCUCUCAGUCAGUUGGUCAAUUGGAAGGUGCCUUGGAAUAUACUAUUCAGUCUGGCGACAGGUUAACAACGAUUCUUAAUUUCGGCUUCGUUGCCACACUCAAGUUUUUUGCUUCGGAAAAUCUGGCAGACCUUGAAUCCUUCUGUACUUAUGGUUGCGAAGAAGUGCCUGAUUGGCAGGUGGACAGCAGAGGAGGAACAAUGCUUAUUGUUCUCCGACAAGUAUGCAGGGCACUGCAAGGUAAAACGGUAACUAAUUCUCCGACGGAAUGCCUGAAUGAUGCAUCGCAUAAUUCUUUGCUGUACAAAGCAUGGCUAAGGAGUAGCUUAACCAACAGUGACCGUGCAAUUAUGAUUUACGAAGGGUUUGAGAUUGUGACGUUAUUUCUAUUCGGCCAUUAUCAAACAGCAAUCACUCUUGGCGAGGCCUUCUUGGAGCAAGUAGAUUCUCUGUGGUCGUUACGAAAUACCCGCUUUUGUAUGUUCUUUCAUGGCCUUUCCUUAGCUGCAUCUCUGUGGGCGAAGAAGGGGGAUCCUGCUCGAUUGGUGACCAAAACCUUGGACGGAAAUUCUGAUUUUUCGAACUUUCAUGAUGCAUUGAACAUUACUAAGGAGAAAGUCUCAUAUUUCAAGAACAGGAUCGAGGACUGGCAGGUUGUUUCCGAUGUCAAUUACCUGGCUUGGUCAAAAUUGCUUGCAGCCCAGAUAUCUGAAAUGGAGGAUGACCAUGGAGGGGCACUGAGGCAUUACGAAGAAGCUUUGGACCAUGCUUCUUCUCAUGAUUUUGUUUUCGAGGAGGCGUUAGGCAACCUUCUCCUCGCGGGCUUUCUAUUACGCGCCGGGUCUCGAAGACCAGCAAAGGCGGCUUUGUUAGAAAGCAAUAUGCUUUUCCGAAAAAUUGGGGCAGGAGGGAUUGCCAGGCAUAUCGAGAUGGAACAUAGUCUUCUCCUCCAAGGGCCCACUCGCUACCUUCGAUAUAAGGAAACCGGCACGCAAACAGAUUUUGCUGACGACUCUGCAUCUGCACCAUAUCAAACUCUCGAGGGAGAUGAGAACGAUCAGGAACAACGAGCUCAUACCAACGUUAGUGAGUCUAAAGGCGAUAGAAUUGGUGCCUGGCAAGGAGGCUCGGCAAGACCUGAUGCAGGGUCUGGCCUUCCAGCUCUAGAUAUGCUGGACCUGACAUCUAUUCUUGAAAGCUCGCAAGUAAUCUCUAGUGUGCUGCAGGUUGAUGAAUUGCUUAAAACAAUGUGUGAAAUCAUUUUACAGAAUUGUGGAGGUUUGGCAUCACUUGCUGCAAUCGUUGUCGAAGAAGACGAUCCUGUUGGCUGGAGCUUAGCCGCCAGUGGCAAUCCAGAGAAAGGUGCUGUGGCUCACAUACCCGGAUUACCCUUGACUGAAACGGCCUUGGUAGCUGAAGGUGUCGUGCUUUACUGCACGCGUUUUCGCGAGACCGUAUUCCUACCUAAUCUCAUCAACGAUGAAAGAUUCAGUAAUGUCAAUCCGGCUUGGUACACUCGGAACCCUCUUGGAAAAGCGGUUAUUGCCAUUCCAAUCUCCCAUGGCACCAAACCAUUGCUUGGCGUUCUUUACCUGGAGGGACACCCAAAUGCUUUUACUGAUAGAAAUCUUACCGUCCUUCAAUUACUUGUCAACCAAAUCGGCAUUAGUUAUUCCAAUGCCUUGACUUUGAAAGAGGUGGAAAAGGUUUCCGCUUUCAACAAUUCCAUGGUUGAUGUGCAGAGGAGGGCCUUGGCUAAAGCAUUGGAGGCCGAGACAAACGCCAAUUUGGCAAAGGCCGAGGCACUUCGUAAUGUUAAAUUAGCAGAAGAAGCUGCCAAAGCUAAAUCUAUCUUUCUCGCAAACGUGUCUCACGAGCUACGUACUCCAUUAAACGGCCUGGUAGGCAACUCGGAACUUCUACGAGAUAGUGAUCUCAGUAAAGAACAAGCAGAGAUGGCUGACUCCAUUCGUGUCUCUGCGGAUCUACUGCUCACCGUCAUUAACGACAUUCUAGAUUUCUCAAAGAUGGAGGCUAAUAAGAUGAAGCUCUUUAUCGUAGCAUUCAAUCCUGACGAGAUGAUACGAGAAGUUGUACGAUCUGUUUCAUAUAGUAAUAGAGACAAAAAGAGUUCUCGGAACGUGGAAAUCAUCCAAGAUAUCAAUCUUCCACAGACUCUGAUCUAUGGCGAUCCAGUCAGACUCCACCAAGUCCUUGGUAAUCUCAUUGGAAAUAGUUUAAAGUUCACCGAGAGUGGGUCUAUUACAGUUGGUGCUAAAACUGAUUGGGAAACCAAAGAUGCCGUCAAGUUGACUUUUUGGGUGAAAGAUACUGGGAUCGGCAUACCAAAACAACAACUUCUCAAGCUAUUCAAACCCUUCUCUCAAGCAGACAAUUCUACAGCUCGUCGUUAUGGUGGAUCUGGUCUCGGUCUCAGUAUCUGUAAGUCUCUCAUUCAAUCGAUGAUGGGUGGGCAAAUAGAACUUGAGAGUGUGGAAAAUCAAGGCACAACUGUCUGGUUCUGUGUAACGUUCAACAAAGCCAAUCCAGAGGUUUCUGCUGGCGAAAGCCAAAACGAAUCUCCGCGUGAACUUGUACAUAACUCCAUUGAGACUCAAGGAACACAACCAGUGGCUGUUACCGAGUUCAACGAUUUAUCGCAUAUAAAUCGAGAAGAUUUACGAAUUUGUAUUGCCGAGGAUAAUCCUAUCAAUCAAAAGAUUGCCAUUCAAUUCAUGCAAAAGUUGGGAUUCAAUAUUAUUGAUGCUUACGAAAAUGGUCUGGUGGCUGUGGAAGCUGUGAGACAAAAGGCUCGCGAAGGAACCCCAUAUCAUAUCAUCCUUAUGGAUGUACAAAUGCCUGUUCUUGACGGAUAUGAAGCCACUAAAUUGUUACGCAAAGAUCCGAUUGAUGCAGUUAGAGGUAUCCUUGUCAUUGCAAUGACGGCAUCCGCCAUACAAGGGGAUCGAGAAAAGUGUUUGGCUUCUGGUAUGAAUGACUAUCUGGCCAAACCAGUUCGAUCGGGUAUUCUGAAGAAGAAACUGAAUCAAUAUCUUCAGCAGGCCCCGCUCUCACUCUCAAAUCUUAGCGCAGAUGAUGCCAAGAAGAUGGUGCGAGAUGCUCUUCAAGAAGCAAAACAAGCAAAUGUUCCAAAUGUUCCAAAUUCCAAUACACUCCCAGCUUUAAAAGAUGCUUUUAACGAUUCCAAUGAACGAACUUCUGCAUCUGCACCACCUUUAAACAUGACACCAAUACUGGAAAUGUCUGGACAGGUUACACCCACGGCUCUUGAUCCUUAUGGAACCUUGAAGGACGAGCCUCGUCGUUUAUCGAUUAGGCAAAUGAAUCUGGACGAUGCCAAUAAAACACCCACGGGCGAGGGGCAACAGUUGACUAAUGAAAUUUCAGAGUUGCGUGAGGUGAAUGGUUUUGCGAAAACGACGGGACCGAGCGACGAGGAGCUUGUCGCCGAGGAGUAA